AUGGCGAGCCAACUGGAUCAUCAAGCAGACAUGCUGCUUCGAUGGAAAUCAAGCCUGCUGGUGCUGGGUGACCCCUACUCCGUGGCUGCCUGGAAACAUGGAGCAACAACACCAGCCCAUGUAACUGGACUGGCGUUACCUGCAGUGCUAUGGUGCAUCACGGCCGUGGUCCAAGUGAUGUUGUCCAGUUAUGGUUAUUGGACCGGAUCAAUCCCAGUUACACUUGGCGUGCUAGUCAACUUAAGGAAGUUCGAUUUAAGGGGCAACGGUUUUUCUCGCCUGAUACCUUCUAGUUUGGGAAAUUUGACCAGAUUAGACUACAUGGACCUUAGCUCUAACAGUUUAUCUGGUCAUGUUCCUCAUGAGAUUGGAAUGAUAAGUAGCUUGACAAUGUUAAACUUAUCCAGAAAUAGCAUUACAGGCUCCAUUCCUGGAAUAGUUGGGAAUCUAACAAGGUUAGAAUUACUGGAUUUUUCAUCCAAUCAUGUAAGAGGUUCCAUUCCUCCAAGCAUUGGAAACCUAAUAAGACUAAAAUCAUUCAAUGUUACAAACAAUAAAAUCACUGGUCCCAUUCCUGGAAGCAUAGGAAAUUUAAAGAGGUUAGAGCUCUUGGAUCUUUCCGUCAAUGAAAUCACUGGUCCCAUUCCUGGAAUCAUAGGAAAUUUAGAGAGGUUAGAGCUCUGGGAUCUUUCCAGCAAUGAAAUCAGUGGUCCCAUUCCUGGAAUCAUAGGAAAUUUAGAGAGGUUAGAGCUCUGGGAUCUUUCCAGCCAUGAAAUCAGUGGUCCCAUUCCUGGAAGCAUAGGAAAUUUAACAAGGUUAGAGCUCUUCGAUCUUUCCAACAAUCAAAUAAAUGGUUGCAUACCUUCCUCCUUUUGGAAAUUGACCUCUCUAACUACGAUUGCACUUGGAUCCAAUCAGAUGAAUGGUAUUCUGCCACUCGAGGUAGGAUUGCUAUCGAAUCUCUCAUAUCUAGAUUUGAGUAGCAAUCAGCUCACCGGAAGCAUUCCACCUGAGAUAGGACAAUGCCGGGCUUUGUCAUUUUUGUGCAUGUCAGAUAACUUAUUGACAGGGCCAAUACCACAAGAGCUUGGGAAUUGUUUUGACCUAAGUGACUUGGAUUUGAGAAGAAAUAAUUUGAGUGGAACCAUCCCCGUGACUCUUGCAAAGCUACAAGAAUUGUACAAUCUGAAUUUAUCAUACAACAGCUUGAGUGGCGGAACCUCCUUUUCAGUCAAUACCAGGGUUUCGCUUGACCACAAUAUGGAUACAUGUGGAUGCAUGACAAUUGUUUAUAGGAGGAGAGAAUUUUCAAAAGUCGACAGCAAAAAUAAAUCUCUAGGUAUGGUCUCCAUAUGGAAUUUUGAUGGGAAGAUUGCAUUCCAAGACAUACUAGACGCAACAGAUUGUUUUGAUGAAAAAUACUGCAUCGGUGUUGGAGGAUAUGGGUCUGUCUUCAGGGCUGAGCUCCAAGGAGGGGGUAUCUAUGCUAUCAAACUGCUCCACUCUGCUGAAGACUGCACUGAUGAGAAAGCAUUUCAUGCUAAGAUCCAAGUGCUGACAAAAGUAAAGCACCGGUGCAUAGUCAAGUUGUAUGGAUACUGUUCACACUCCAAGUGCAAAUUCCUUGUGUACGAUCUCAUUGAAAGGGGGAGUUUAGCAUCCAAUUUGCAGGAGGAACAGCUUGCCAAUGAGCUCGACUGGUUGAAAAGAAUCACCAUUGUGAAAGACGUAGCUCAAGCUCUCUCCUACUUGCACCAUGACUGUGGCACACCCAUUAUACAUCGUGAUAUCAAAAGUAGUAAUAUCUUGUUGGACUGUGAUUUCAAGGCUUGUGUCACGGAUUUCGGUAUGGCUAGGAAGUUGAAGAAGCACAGUUGCUCAAGUUGGAGUACCAUCUUUGCAGGGACAUGUGGCUAUAUAGCCCCAGAACUGUCAUCUACCAUGGUGUUUACAGAGAAAUGUGAUGUCUAUAGCUUUGGUGUGGUCGCCAUGGAAGUAGUCAUGGGUAAGCACCCAGGUGAUCUACUACUUCCAUUCUUCUGCCGAACAGAGAUUCAUAUGAAGCUCAACGAUAUACUGGACAAGCGCAUCAUAGAACCAAAGAGCGACGAGGAGAAAGACAUAAUCCUGCUCGUUCUGGUGGCUUUUGCCUGCAAGUCUGCCCAAAAGCCAGGCCAACAAUGGAGCAGGUACAUCAAGCACUCACAAACAGAAUCUGCCCAACAGCCAUCCUCCUGA